CUCUGUAAUACCGUGUGGUCUGUUUCAGUCAGGCCCGUUGAUGUCUGGGGACUACGGGAUGUCACAGUCAAGGUGAAGGAACGCCUCAGGCUGGUGUGUCGGUGUAGUGGCAAUCCUCUGCCAGCUAUGCUGUGGUUGAAGGAUGGCGCAAGGAUCAAUGCCACGAGGAAUACGAGGAUACAGUACAAAAAGAAGAGGUCCUCGUUGCUGAUCCCCCGAGUGCGUGUAGAGGACGCUGGUCGUUACGAGUGCAGAGCAAUCAGCGUGAGAGGCGAGAGUAUGGCGACCUACGCCGUGGUCACCGUCCACCCCGUCAAACCUUCCCAAGGCACAGACAACACGACGACACUGUGGCCUCUAAUGGGGAAUCCCUGCCCCAUAGAAACGUAUUGUCUCAACGGUGGCACCUGCACCUACUAUGAAACAGUAGCGGAACUUGUCUGUCAAUGCGCGGACGGAUUCAAGGGCCAGCGCUGUGAGAGCAAAGACGUCUUUAACCGAAGCAACAUUGUAGAGAGUAAGUGGUCGACAGAGGGUUGGUGGCAUCGCCGCAGUCGACAAGAGCGUCAUCGUCGCGCCCGCAGGGAGCGCUAGAACUAGCUACCGAUUCCAGCCCCCAAACAGCUUGGACCCUAGAGUCACCGACUCGAAUCUUUGGACUAGACUGAAUUACUUGUAGAUUAUUAACAUGCGAAACUGGGGAUGCCUAAACAAUACUAAUAUUAAUACUACUUUCAUGCAAAUGUGGAUCACCUCCAAUUGUUAUAAAGAUUUUUCCAUAAACUUUUGAGAUGUCGGUGGGUGUUUUGUGAGAAGAAUGUCACUUGCAGACAUUAUAGCACCCGGUCUAAAUGUUAAGGGGACUCAGUUAGCAGAAGGAGUAACAGGGUUGGUCGUGGGGCGGGGAGACGCCUGCUGCUGGUGUGACGAGCGUCUUGACGUGAUAUGGAGAGACUCGCCCUACCCCCAUCAUUCUAGUCAAUAGUAGUGCGAGCUUCAUGCUAGUGCGCUGGUCAAUACUGUAUUAGAAUCUACUGUAUAUACAAGAAACUUAUUAGCCAAUUUGUGUACUUCUCUUAGACUAGGAAAAUAUUGUGAUAUUGCAUACUACACCUCACUGUUGGAUUGUGUUAUGCUCUAUGUAAUUUAAAAUGGCAUCAUUUGUUAAAUUAAUAUGUUAUUUUUGUAUUGCACAAUAAAUUAUAUGUAUUUGAAAUGUACGGGUCGUAUUUGCCGUACUAGUAUUUUAAAUGGGCACUGAUAUAAUUUUGAAUAGUAAAAUGAAUAUUUCGAAUAUAAUUGUUUAAUUAAAUGCAUUAGAAACCGUUUAACAUGUUUGCAACACAUGUUGCUAGCUUUAACACUGCAUUGUCAUUGUAUAAAAAAGGUUUCGAUGUCUUGUCUAAUUUAAUUAAUUUUAAGUAAACGAUGCUACUACUAGAUGUUAAUUCCAAGAAAUGGAUACUGCCAUGAAACUAAACCGAAUAAGUGCUUCAUAUUGUAAAUCGUGGUACGUUACGCACAAAUAUAUUUUUACUAAAUAUACUAAAUUACUAGUUCUAGGUUUCCCUAAACAACACAGUCAAUCAUCGUGGCAAAUCAUAUUUAAGUAAUGGUUUUUACGUUGUAAAUAGAAAUCUUCGUUCUAGACGCAAGCUGUUAGUAUUAGUUAUUCGUUUAAAUUAUUUAAUUGUUAUAUUACUUUUCAACUGAGACCACGGUGACUGUAUAUAUACGGUAUUUAAUCCGGUAGGGUAUUUAAACAUGUAAAGGUAUUGUAUAAAUGACUGUGAACGUAAUACUAUAUUUAUUGUUAGUACGUUAACUUAUACAUUUGUAUAUAUAUAGACGAGUGUAUAUAUUAAGGAAGAGUUCAGUAUUAUUUCCACUUACUGCACACUGUCUGUCAGGACCUCUACUGCCUACUGCCCGCUGUCCGCUUAUAACCUCUAUCUACCCCUAUCCUAAGCUGUGUGUCCUAACUAUUGUUACACUGUUAUUUCGUUGUUACUUCUUGGUUGUAUAGCAUCUCAUAUUAGUGUUGUGUAACUCCGCUAAAUCACUGGUAUGUCCUGAUAACUGUUGUCAGUUACAAAAGUAACUAUUACACACGUCAAUUGCCGAUAUGUGUAUAAGACGUUCGGUUUUUUCAGCAAUUUAAAUAUAAGUCUAUAUAAAAACUUAAGAUGUUAUCUAUGUCAUAAUUAUAUAGAACUAGUAACAACAGCUAUUUUCUGAGACAGCUUUUGGUGUAUGUAGAUAAAUGCCUAUAGGCUAUUUUAUAUAAAAUCAUUUUGAAUUGAAAGUAUUAGGGUCUGUCCACUACCUAAAUAUUUACCGUUAAAUUAAAUAAUUAAACUGUAUUAAGUGGAAAUUAAAGGAAAACUAUAAAAAAAAUUUAUUUUAAAUUUUUAUUAACCAAUGUACUUAAUUUUUAUUGCAGUAACAAAAUAUUGAAUAUUGCCUAGUUAUCAAAUAUUUAAUGUGAAGUUGAGUUCUAGGAUGCAUUAUUACACACAACCUUUUUGAAACAUUAAAAUCUACAAUAACUUUUCAGUUCCAAAUAGAUGUUAUUAAUGAUGUUCAUUGAUAAUUUUAAAUGAACUAAUGAAAUGACACAUUCAAUUCAUAGAAAUGAUGAACAAAAAGCAAUAAUAUUUUAAUUGAAUUAUUAGAAAACUAAGAUGUUAGUAUUUGUAGUAUUAUGUAUAGCAGAAUUAAACGUUAGUAUUGCAAAUGAUAACUUUUUGCAACUGCAUUGUGACACUUAGUAUAUACUAGACAAAACAAAGACUUAAUUUGUAUACUAGAUUAGCUUUUUACAUCUUCCAGAUCUCUCUUGGAUUUACGUGGUUGAACAUUUGAUCCGGAUUUUAGUAAGGUCGAAGUAAAGACCAAAGAGCGUAGUAGACGAAACAGCCGUUUUAAAAGUGCUAAUUAACAACUACAAGAAACAAACAAAAGGUACUUUCGGAUGUUGCAACUGCUUAAUUGGUCUAACUGUAAUUAGAAACAGUUAAAACAAUACAAACAGAUUCGCUCCUGGCGCCCAAGAGAUUCUGGAAUUUGUGUGUGCGUUUUUAUUUAUAUGUGGUAUGAACUGCAAAAAAAGGUUCCUAUUUCAAGCAUUGACAAUAAGCUAUCGCCUUAUAUGCCUGUUGUAAUCGUUGUUUUUCCAUCUAAUAUGGAUAACUGUCAGUAAUUAGACUUACAGGAGGAGCCAUGAUUAGUAACGGUGCAAUAAGUGCUUCAAGAACUAAAAUUGUUCGCCCUAGAGUCAUCACAUCGUAGAUACAAAUUAAAUAUUUCGUUUUAUAGAAAACUGAUUUUAUUUUAAUUGUAUAUUAUUUAGAAUGCUGUAAGUGUAAAUCAUUAGCAGUGGCGUCACUAAUAUACAUACUUCUGUACUCUACUUUUUUAACAGCUCCUCCUGUACAAAAUACAUGUUUUCAGAUACUCCUUUUGAAAAGUGUACAUCAACUAAUGAAUAUAGUACAUUUUAAUUGUGUUCAAACAUUUUUCAAAAACUAUGUAACAGUAAUAUAACUAUGUAACAAGUGGUCGAAGAUGUGACCCGGUGUGGAGGGUCUGUGGAUCUGGCGGAAGACAGGGUGGCGUGGAAGAGGCUCAUAGACGAAGCAAAGAAUCGACUGAGAUUUGUUACGCCCCGGCAGUAAGUAAGUUAUGUAACAGUAAGCUUGAAUAUUGGCGAAGACUUCGUCAUUUAAAAUACCACUAUACAUAUAAAAAACCUAUUUUGGUCCUUGUUACAUAAAACUACAACAGAAAAUAGUUUAGGCUACGUUAUUUUCUCACGACUAUUUGUUAUAUCACAUCAUCAUUGAACUAAGUGUUGAAGUAAACAAAUUUUCCCACAAAUAAAGCCCUAUUCCUACAAAAUACGUAAAUAUGAAGCAAUUUACAACUUUAAUAUAAGACCUUUUACUUUAUUCAAAACAUAAUAUCCAAAAAAAGCUUUCCACUUUUUAUCUAAAAAAAUGGAACAAGAAGUGUUUGCUUUCCCGAUAUUGAUAUAUACUUGUUUUAUUGUUUGAAUAAACGUGCAUAUGAUCUACUGCGCUAUUUGAUUCAAUUAAGUAGCCUACUAACAAUCCAUCCUAUAGCCAAUAGUCAAUUCAUCCAUAGCCUAAGAAUCCUCUUACAAUUCAUUUUAUCGUAGACUAACACAAAAGUGACAAAUUUGGUAUUGGCCAUGUAAAUGUUUUAAACAAAAUUGCCAUCCAAUUUUAAUAUUAUAACGAGAACACAAUUUAUAAAUAACGAUAUUCGGUUUCUAUUAUUUCAUCAGCGAAAUGUCUUUGCUUCAAGCAAAAAGAAAUAAAACAGAAAUACAACAAAAACAAUUUAUUCAAUAAAUUUUUAGCAUGUACUAUUACAACGUGUAUCAGGAUUUCUCCAAAAUGAUAUAUUUCUUUCAUGAUAAAUAUAUUUAGUUUUAUCUUAUUUUUAAUGAGUUUCAAUUAAUGUGUAAGUUACCUUUAAUACAUCGCAGAUUUCUUAAAUAUUACUGAUUAUAGCUACAUAACUAAGUACUAUGUGGAGCUUUGUGUUUUCAAAAUUUAACUUAUAUUGCUGGGAGAUUAUCGAUAUUGGGAGUUGAUCUUUUGUAGAUGAUUACAAUUAAUAUAUAUUUGAAAAAAAUUAAAAUUAAUAAUGUAAAAUUAAUUUAUAUGUUGUUUCAAAAUGUUAAAAAAAAUGGUUUCGUCUAUUCCAAUUAUCCAAAGUGGAACAUGGAAUUAUCCCAAAUAGUUAAUAAAGAUCGGGUCAAAUAUUUCCUGUGGGGAUAACAUAUACGUGAAAAACAGAAACUCCUGUUACGAAUUGUUUGCACAUUGAUUUUAAUAACAUUAUGCAUUUAUAAUGGAUUUGUAAAUAACUGUACACAUUGAUAAUAUUUAAUAAAUUAAAUCUAUACCUCAGUACAUUUCCAGCCAAUCUGUCUAUUAAAAUUGUAGGUCAAUAUUCCCUGAAAGUGUUCCUAUAUCAUAAUUUUUGGGUCAUCUAACUGUCUUAUAAUAUAUAUAUAUAUAUAUAUAUAUAUAUAUAUAUAUAUAUAUAUAUAAACUCAUAUAACUAUAUGAGUAAAAAGGGAUAUCUUUAUGAUUCAUUUCCCCCCGUUUGUGAAAAACCGAUAAUUGUAAUCUUAAUCUACAUUUGGUAGCAUUGUGUAGAUUCCAAUCAGUCUGUAAGCCUGGUUUGCCCUGUUGCGGGGUCCAAGUAGUGUAGUUUACAUUAAUUAAAUAUCAUAUGUUCAGUAUGGUGACUCAAAGCUCUGAUUUUAAGCAUUACGUAACAAAAUUUAAUAUUUUCGUAUACUUAUACUCCAAUUGUAACUUUUUUUGAAAGAUUGAAAACUAUGAAUAGGUAUGUUAUAUUACAAGAAAAUUAUGAAUGGUAUUUAUCUUCAGGUAAAUGUAUAUCUACCUAUCGAUUAAGCUUACAUAAUAGUUUGGUCCUUUACUACUACAGACAAUAAAUAACUUGUUGGGAUUAUACGUUUUACUAAAUUAGCUGUUUUACAAUAUUAUAAUUACUAAAGACCAUUACUACAAUUACCCAUAAAACCAGCUAAAUGUGUGUAGGUUGAUGUACACUUUUCAAUAAGGUUCUCGAUUUCUAUUAGGUACAUAUAUAGUUAGUUGAUUUAAAGUUUUCUUGCCACUAAUCUCUGUGUAAGUUAUGCUUUUAGGCUUCCCUGUAACUUGUAUUUAUAUUUUGAAUAUUUGUAUAUUUAUUGAUUAAUUUUAUAGAAUUUAUGUUCGUUUUAUAGUCAAAAUAUACGUUUAAAUUGUU